CACAACAACGACUGCAUCGACACAGAUGAGUGUGCAUCGCUCCGGGGCUUGUGCCGGAAUGGAAACUGCAUCAACUCGGUGGGCUCGUUUGUGUGCGUGUGUCUGGACGGGUAUAAACUCUCUCCUGAUGGCUGGAUGUGCGUGGACAUCAAUGAGUGUUUGAUCAGCCCUGGCACCUGCGGCCCUGGAACGUGUCAGAAUCUGGACGGCUCCUACAGGUGCAUCUGUCCUCCUGGAUACUUCCUGCAGAACGACAGGUGUGAAGAUAUCGACGAAUGCUCUCAGACUGCAGAGAUCUGCAUCUUUGGCAAGUGUGUGAACACGCCAGGCAGCUUCAGGUGUGAGUGUCCGGAGGGAUUCCAGCUGUCCUCGACUGGAAAGAGAUGUGUGGAUAUUCGUGUGAAUUAUUGUUACACUAAGUUCGAGAACGGACGCUGUCAGGCUCCGAAGCCCUUCAACACCACUAAAGGCUCCUGCUGCUGCAGCGUGAUGCCGGGUCAGGGAUGGGGCAACCCGUGUGAGAUCUGCCCCUCUCCGGAGGAGGAGGCAUACAAAGCUCUGUGUCCUGCUUCUGGUAAAAUCCUCACUAUUGACGACACGACUGUGGAUGUGGACGAGUGCACAGAAAACCCCGGCAUCUGCAGGAACGGCCACUGCAUCAACACGGACGGGACGUUCCGCUGCGAAUGUUCGUUUGGCUACCGGCUCGACUUCACGGGGAUCAACUGUGAAGACACGAACGAGUGUGAGCUGGGGAACCCGUGUGGGAACGGCACCUGCACAAACGUGGAGGGAGCGUUUGAGUGUAGCUGCGACGAGGGGUUCGAGCCCGGACCCAUGAUGACCUGUGAAGAUAUCAACGAGUGUUCCCAGAAUCCCCUGCUGUGUGCGUUCCGCUGUGUCAACACGGUGGGCUCGUACGAAUGCAAAUGUCCAGCGGGAUACGUGCUGAGAGAAGACCGCCGGAUGUGCAGAGAUCAGAACGAGUGCGAGGAGGGUCUGGAUGACUGUGCGUCCAGAGGAAUGACCUGUAAGAAUCUGAUCGGCACGUACAUGUGCAUCUGCACGCCGGGAUACACCAGACAGCCCAACGGAGACAGCUGCGUGGAUCUGAACGAAUGCACGGCCAAACCAGGCAUCUGUGAGAACGGCCGCUGCGAGAACACGGUGGGCAGUUACCGCUGCGUCUGCGAUCAGGGCUUCAGUCCCAGUCCCAGCAGAACUGAGUGCAUCGAUAACCGUCAGGGCUUCUGCUUCCUGGAGGUUCUGCAGAUCAUGUGUCAGAUGAGUUCCAGCAGUCGCGUCAGCGUUAGGAAGUCCGAGUGCUGUUGUGACGGGGGCCGCGGCUGGGGGCCCAACUGUGAGCUCUGCCCGCUGCCCGGGACCACGCAGUACAAGAAGAUGUGCCCGCUGGGCCCCGGAUACACCACCGACGGCCAGGAUAUCGACGAGUGUAAAGUGAUGGGGAAUCUGUGUAAGAACGGCCAGUGUCUGAACACACUGGGCUCCUUCAGCUGCAUCUGUAAACCAGGAUACACCACUGACAUCACCGACACUCAGUGCGUGGAUGUGGACGAGUGUGUUCAGGCUCCUAAACCCUGUAACUUCAUCUGUAAGAACACGGAGGGCGGGUACCUGUGCUCCUGCCCGCGAGGAUACGUGCUGCAGGACGAUGCCAAGAGCUGCCGGGCUGUAAAACACAAACCCAGCACUGUGUCCUCAAGCACUUCCCUUUCCUGUCCCGACGCUAAUAUCAUGAUCAACAUUCAUAGAUCAUUGAGUGAUGAACUGUGUGUGCGUGUGUGUGUGUGUGAGACAGAUAAUAAUGAGUGCAACACUGAACCGGGUCUCUGCGGUCCGAACGGAGUGUGUCAGAACAGCCCCGGCAGCUUCAACUGUGAGUGUCAGAGAGGAUUCACCCUCGACCCCAACGGACAGCACUGUGAAGACAUGGACGAGUGUGUGGGGAAUCAUCGCUGUCAGCACGGCUGUCAGAAUCUGGUGGGCGGCUACAGAUGCAGCUGUCCGCAGGGAUACCUGCAGCAUUACCAGUGGAACCAGUGCGUCGAUGAGAACGAGUGCCAGAACAGUCAGAUAUGCGGCGGCGCCUCGUGUCACAACACGCUGGGCAGUUUCCGCUGCCUGUGUCCGACGGGCUUCGCCUUCGAGCAGCUGAUGGGUGGCUGUCAGGACGUCAACGAGUGCAGCUCGACGCAGAACCCCUGCAGCUUCGGCUGCUCCAACACCGACGGAGGAUACCUGUGCGGCUGCCCACCUGGAUACCUGCGCGCCGGACAGGGGCACUGUCUGUCUGGCGCGGGGCUGUCGGCCGGUGGAUCUCCUCUGAUUCCCGUCGCUGAUGGAGACGAGAACGCUCUCUCUCCCGAGGCCUGCUACGAGUGUAAGAUCAACGGCUAUCCGAAGAAGGGCCGUAAACGCAGGAACGUCAACGGAACCGAGGAGCUGCAGAAUGAUCUGGACUGGGUCAGUCUGGCCAGUGUAGACGUGGAUGAUACGCUGCAGCUGCGUCUGAACAUCAGCACACUGAAGAGCAAAGACCACAUCAUCGACUUCGUGCCGGCGCUGUCCACGCUCGCUAACCACGUGCGCUACGCUAUCGACUACGGCAACGACGACGGCCUGUUCCGCAUGAACCAGAUGGACGGCGUCAGCUACCUGCACAUAUCCAAGAAGAAAGCUCUCCAGCCGGGAGCGUAUUAUUUACAAAUCCGCAGCGUGCCGCAGACCGGCAGCAGAGAGCCCUCGGGCGAGCGGCCGGACACAGACUACCUCAGCGGGCAGCGAGGAGACGCUCUGCACAUGAGCGUCCAGAUCGUCCUGCACUGAUGGACACACGGACAGACUGCCGCAGCCUCGGCCAAAGAGCAGCACGCACCGCAUCAUACGCUCGCAUACCAUAUUACCAGGUUCCGCCGCGGAGGAACGGACGGAAGGGUCGCGCCGCGCUCAGUCUGUCGUAUCUUACUGGUGCUAGUCAUGUGAGCGCGUAGAUUCAUGCACUGUAAUAACCGACCCACGCCGUCUACGACUGACCAACGCUAGCCUUUCUGUUCUCUGCAACUAUGCUAACAGGGUUUCUGCUGCUCUUAUCAAGCUCCGUUAAGAGCAAGUAAAGAAAUAAAUCCAAUGGAACACAACACGUGACUCUGCAGCACAAAAGCAGUGUUAAGUCGCUGGGGUAUAUUUGUAGCAAUAGCCAACAAUACAUUG